AUGUUGCGAAGCAGAAUGAGUGAUUAUUCAUCACCUUUUGAUUCUGAGGAAGAAAAUACAGCAUCUAGUGUUGCCGAUAGUCUUGAUUUUCCGGACUCUGAGAAGGGAAAUGCCCCAGAAGUUAGUUUUCUUGAUGAUCAUUCAUACCCUGCUUGUACUUCAGAUGAAGCUUCUAAUCUCAAAUCCACCAAGGAUCAUAUGAAGCCCAAAAUGUCGGCCACAGUUGAUCCUAUCCAUUAUUCUCCUGAAACUGAUGUACAGCCUUCACUACCUUCCUCCACUGUUUCUGUUACAACAGCCCCUGAAUUACCAGCACCACCUCUGCUAGAUUCAACCACAUGUCCUCCACCACAACCUCCCCCUCCACUUUGUUUUAGUAAAAUACAUUCUCAACAACCUCUUAUUAGUCCCGGGGAGGAAUUUUGCCCACCUCCUAAUGGUUCAAGUAAAGGACCACCGUCUCCACCUCCACCUCCACCUCCUAUUGUUUCUAGAAAAAUACCUCCUCCGCCACCUCCACCCACUAUUAAUUCUAGUAUAGUACCUCUGCUGCUGCCUCCACCUCCAAUUCCUUCUACUCCUAUUUCUACUAAAGGAACUUCAUUAUCUCCUCCUUUUUCUCCACCCCCUCCUCCAACUCCACCUACUCUUGUUAGUACUAGAACUGUUCCCACACCGCCCCCACCGUCUCUUCCACCUGAUUUUUCAGAAGGAACUUCGCUACCUCCCCCUGCCCCUCCUCCUCCCCCUCCUCCAGUUCCUCUGCAAGCACCAGAACUUCCCAGUGCUCCUCCACGACUUUUAGGUCAUGGAUCAGCUCCACCUCCUCCUCCACCACCUCCAGGUCGUGGUUCUGGUUCAGCACCAGUUCCACCUUCACCACCUCCAAGUCGGGGUUCAGCACUAGCUCCGCCUCCAAGUCGUGGUUCAGCACCAGCUCCACCUCCACUGCCUCCAAGCCAUAGCUCAGCUCCACCUCCACCACCUCCAUGCCGUGGUUCAGUGCCGGCUCCACCUUCACUACCUGGUGGAAAGAGCUCCAAUGUACCACCACCACCUUCAUCUAUUGGAAGGGGAAGAGUUGUGUCAGGAUCAACGAGUCAUGGAAGAGGACGAAGCUUCACUGGUUCUUCAAUUCCACCUAAAAAAAAUCACUUAAGCCUUUACAUUGGGUGGAAGGCACCUGAAAUUGAUAUAUCUGAGCUCGAGAAUCUGUUCUCCGUGGCAUCUACUUCAGACAUUGCUAAUAAGGCUGGAGGCCAAUGCGGUUCAAAAAUUAAAAAACCAGAAAAAGUUGAUUUGCGUAGAGGCUAUAAUUGUGAAAUUAUGCUCACAAAGGUUAAGAUUCCACUGCCAGAUAUGAUUAAUGCCAUACUGACUUUGGAUUCUUCAGCCCUGGACAUUGAUCAAGUUGAGAAUCUUAUAAAAUUUUGUCCCACAAAAGAAGAAAUGGAGACCCUGAAGAAUUACAAUGGGGAUAAGGAGAUGCUGGGAAAGUGUGAACAGUUUUUCCUGGAACUAAUGAAAGUUCCUAGAGUGAGAGUAUUUGCAUUCACAAUAACCUUUUCUAGUCAGGUCAAAGAAUCAUUGAAAUUACGUCAAAUAAUGCAGACAAUUCUCACUUUGGGAAACGCUCUUAAUCAGGGCAUUGCACGAGGAUCAGCCAUAGGAUUCAAGUUGGAUAGUCUUCUUAAAAUUUCUGAUACUCGAGCUAGAAACAACAAAAUGACUUUGAUGCAUUACUUAUGUAAGGGACAACUGACUCAGAAGUAUCUGUUGCUUGUUCAUCUGAAUUUGGCACACAAGAUCCAACUGAAGUCUUUGGCCGAAGAAAUGCAAGCAGUGAGCAAAGGCCUUGAGAAUGUUGAACAGGAACUCACUGCAUCAGAGAAUGAUGGUGAUGUAUCUUUGGGCUUUCCGAAGGUCUUAAAGAGUUUCCUUGGUACUGCUGAGGCUGAAGUGAGGUCGCUUACUGCCCUGUAUUCUGAAGUGGGAAGAAAUGCGGAUUCACUGUCACAGUAUUUUGGCGAAGAUCCAGCACGAUUCCCCUUUGAACAAGUUAGCAGCAUUUUAUCAUUUAUGAAGGAAAAGGCUGAGCGAAUGUAA